AUGCGGACAUCAAAUCUCAACCUCACGCUUUUGUCGCGAAACGACUCAACGAAUCUGGAAAAUUCAAAUUUACGUCAAGGUGAUAUUGUAGAAUAUAUUAUUUGUGAAGAUGGAAGUGGAAAUCCAGCAACACAGCGAGCUUAUCAUCGAACUGAAAUGGAAGAGAACAAGGAUUUGAAAAUUGGUAAGGUUUUUGGAUCUGAACGGAAAAAGGGGCACACCUCGGCCAAUCUGUUGUAG